CGCAGCGUAUGGAAGUUCGAAAUUCGAGGGAAGGUACGAAACGAAUGACAAAAUAGAGAACAACUGACAAAGGUAAAAGCUAUCCUGGAAAAAAGAUGCAGAUGAAGAAAAUGAGGGUUAAGGGAUAAAUGUUUUCAAGAUUUGUAGGAUUGAACGGUCUGAACUCUGUGAUUACAUAGCAGAUCGAGACGAGCAUUUUGAGCUGUGAAACGCCCGAUUUAGCCAAGUUUUGACCCCUUUUUUGCAGAUUUUAGUAAGUAGAAAUGCUUGUUCCGAUGCUUAUGCGAUAGCUAUCUAUUUCCGCUCAUGACAAAUAUAGCAAGAAGCCGAUUCAGCCUCGGAAGGGAUUAUUAAAAAGGCAACGGUUAAAUGCCCUGGCUCUUUUGUUGUUUACUUUGUCUUCAGGAGAUUAACUGCUUAUAUCCGUGAUAUUUGGCACUUUUGUUAGCGGCGGUGUAUAUCAUUUAUUAAAUGCUUUGAUUGAAGAAUUAAAAGAGGUUAUCGCACGGUGUUUGAAAUUCUUUAAUGCCCGAUGUGUCGUCAAAACUAAAGACAAAGCUGUUUCUGAUAAAUAUGGUUAUAUUUUGGCCUCCGAUUUGAAUGCCCCGUAAAAAUACUGCAGAAAGGCUUUCCUGAAUUUUUUUUUGAAAGCAGAGGAGCAUUAAAUUCAGGGAUUGUGGUGGCAUCAGCAGUAAAUUUGGCUCUCUUUUAAAGAUUUUGCAUUCUUUGACAUGGCCAAGGGUAAACUUUAACAAAUUUGUGCAGAAAGCGGAUCUGGUUUUAACUACAUGGUUUUUGGGGCAUUCUGCUGUUUUUCUCGAUUUAUGAGGGGAUAAAUUUUUAUCUGCUGACGGACAUUCGAAGAAAAUAAACUGCUGAUGCAAUCAUUUAAUGGUUUUGUUUCACUUGACGCUUGUUAGGCGUUGGAGGUGCCAUGGCACUGAAAAAAGGUUCGUUCAUUCAUAACCGUGUUAGAAACAGCAAAAAUCGUGUACCUGUUGUAAGCUUACUAGUGAUCUCAGUUGUUGUGCCUCUGCUAUUCUUUGCAAGCUGGGGCGGCAAAUCCAAACCCAUCAGAGGUAACAAGAAUCUUCUUCAGAAACAGCUCCAGACAGGAGACUGGAGGAAGCUGACUGCCAUAGAAGAGAUAGAAGAUCUCUUUCCUGAGGAGGUGAUUGAGGUCAUUAAAGCACAUACACAUGAUGACUCUGGACCGUUGAACCUAAAUCGUGUUGGCCAAAAAGAUUUGUCUUCUUCAUGGGUGUGGGAGAAUCCAACUGAUAUAAUAAGCAACGGGGAGAAACAGUCCUAUCAGCAGAGACAAAGAACUGAUAAUGAUGAGCAAGAUACCAUCUCUGGACAAAGUGGUGUCUACUCUAAGAAGGAAGUGGAGCAAAAUUCAGAGGGUGUGAAACAGAACUCACUAGAGCAGGAAAAUUCACUGAAUGAUGAAUCAUUGGCUAAUGCUAUUGCUAACUAUUCAAUUGGAGACAAUCCAGCAAAGCUUCAACGCAGGAAACUACGACAGCAAAGAAGAGAGAAAAGAGUUGCUGAUCUCAUUCGUCAGGAUGAAGAAGAAACAAUUAACCUUGAAAACUCAGCUAUUACCAGAUCUAAAGCAGUGGAUUCAGCAUAUCUGGGAAAAUACAGCAUUUGGAGACGCGAGUAUGAGAAUGACAAUUUAGAUUCCACAAUUAAAUUGAUUAGAGAUCAAAUUCUAAUGGCUCGGGUAUAUGCAAGCAUUGCGCGGUCUAGGAAUAGCGUUGCUAUUUAUGAUGAGUUGAUGAAGCGGAGUAAGGAAAGCCGGCACGUACUGGGUGAAGCACGUUUAGAUUCAGAACUGCAUCACAGUGCACCUGAAAAAAUCAAGGGAAUGGGUCAGGUUUUGUCUAGAGCCAGAGAAAAAUUAUAUGAUUGUGCUACUGUAACCAAAAAGUUGCGAGCCAUGCUUCAGUCUGCAGAGCAACAAGUAAGAACAUUGAAAAAGCAGAGUACAUUCUUAAGUCAACUUGCAGCAAAAACUAUUCCAAAAGGUGUGAACUGUUUGUCAAUGCGAUUGACGAUUGACUACUACUUGCUUCCUCUUGAAGAACGAGACUUUCCAAACCAAGACAAGCUGGAAGACCCUAACCUUUAUCAUUAUGCACUAUUCUCUGACAAUGUGCUAGCUGUAUCUGUGGUAGUCAAUUCAACAAUACUGAAUGCAAAGGAGCCUGAAAAACAUGUAUUUCAUCUAGUCACAGAUAGAUUGAAUUUUGGGGCUAUUAAGAUGUGGUUUUUGAAUAAUCCUCCAGGCAAAGCUACAAUACAUGUUGAAAAUGUUGAUGAUUUCAAAUGGCUUAAUUCUUCUUAUUGUCCAGUUCUUAGGCAGCUUGAAUCUGCAGCAAUGAAAGAAUAUUACUUUAAGGCAGAAAACCCAACUACUCUUGCAGCAGGAUUUUCCAAUUUGAAGUACCGAAAUCCAAAAUACCUCUCUAUGCUUAACCAUCUUCGAUUCUAUUUACCACAAGUUUUUCCAAAGCUGGAUAAAAUCCUCUUCUUGGAUGAUGACAUUGUUGUGCAGAAGGAUUUGGCUCCACUCUGGUCUGUUGACCUGCAAGGAAAGGUAAAUGGGGCUGUUGAAACCUGUGGUGAGAGUUUCCAUCGCUAUGACAAAUAUUUGAAUUUUUCAAAUCCCCACAUAGCCCGGAACUUUGAUCCUAAUGCUUGUGGUUGGGCAUAUGGGAUGAAUCUCUUUGACCUAAAAGAAUGGAAGAAACGCGACAUAACUGGAAUAUACCACAAGUGGCAGGACAUGAAUGAAGACCGGGUGUUGUGGAAGCUUGGAACUCUGCCUCCUGGAUUGAUCACAUUUUACAACUUGACUCAUCCUCUGAAUAGCAAUUGGCACGUAUUAGGACUAGGGUACAAUCCUACUGUAGAGAUAUCUGACAUUGAAAAUGCAGCUGUUGUUCACUAUAAUGGAAACAUGAAGCCUUGGUUGGAGAUAGCAAUGAUCAAAUAUAGGCCUUACUGGACCAGAUACGUGAAGUAUGAUCAUCCUUAUUUACAACAGUGCAAUAUCAAUGAGUAGUUGAUUUUCCAUAUAGAUGCCACUAUAUAUCAAUUGGAGGUGGGGAGCAUUAUCUCUAUUCAUUUUAGUUUUGGCCAUGAUCUGUUCCAUUCAUGUGUCCAUGGAAUUUAAUGAUCAGUCGAAGGAUAUAUUAAAAAAAAAUCCAUUGUGAAGUCAAAUUUUCUUGGUUCUGCAAGGUCUUCACUAGCCUCUAAAGCUGCAUCAGAUUGGAAGGCCUUUGUGUAAAUCAUUUGAAGAUACAAAGUUAUCAACAUCUAGUUUGAGAGAGCAUUUUUUGAAGUUAAUUCUUUUCUGGAAUCCAUAGAAAAGUUGGUUCUGUAAUAACUAUUCUUUGAAUCUUUUCUAAUUGGGAAAAAUCUCCCAGAUUUCUUGAAAUGAGAGUUAGAGUGUAAUGUUUGUCAUGAGCAUGAAUAUGACGAGACACACUUAAAUUGUCCUAUAGCACAGAUUGCCUGAAAGCCAGCAGCAGUCUAUUCUUUUCUUUUAUUAUAGGUAAUGCGAAAAGAGUGCACCAUGCAAUAGAUUGGCAAUGUUCAUGAUAAAUAUCAAACUUGUAAAUGUUUAAAUCAAUAUUUUUUGUCA